GUAUACUGGAAGCGGAAAAUUCCCCCUCUCUCUCUGGCUCUUCCCCCCACAAAAUGUUGCAGUCUCAUCACCUCCACACUCACAACUUCCCCUUCACACUCUCUCAUCGCCACUCUCUAUUAAGUCCUGUUUCGCCCACAUCUUCUCCUCCUCUUCAUUGCCCAUGCAGACCCACCACUCUGCUCUCGGUUCGUGCCCACAUUCGAACCAGACCUGAAUCAUGGCUCGCUGAAGCCCAACCCCCUGAAAUCCCGACUACCACCACCACAUCAACAGUCACGCCUACGGAAAGCAAACUACAAGAUGGGCCCAUCGAGCUCCCCUCUUCAUCUUCAUCUAUCUUCGCCACUACCGACGAGCCUUCUCCUCUCCAAGUUGCCACUAGCGUCCUUCUCACGGGUGCCAUCUCGGUUUUCCUAUUCCGCUCCCUCAGGCGCCGCGCAAAACGAGCUAAGGAACUGAGAUUUAGGUCCACAGGCGCGAAGAAAAGUCUGAAGGAGGAAGCAUUGGAUAAUUUGAAGUCAUUGAGCCCGACUGCGGUUAAUCCCGGGUCCCCUCCUUCGCCUAUCCAGGCGUUAUUGGGUGGAUUGUCAGCCGGUGUGAUAGCACUCGUGCUUUAUAAGUUCACCACGACCAUUGAGGCGGCUUUGAAUCGGCAGACCAUAUCUGAUAACUUCUCGGUUCGCCAGAUAACAAUAACAAUAAGGACCAUUGUGAAUGGCUUAUGCUAUCUUGCAACAUUUGUUUUUGGCUUGAACUCUGUUGGUUUAAUCCUUUAUUCUGGCCAGCUAGCUAUCAACUCCUUAACGGAAGGCUCAACAAGUAAGGCAGUUUCAGGAUCUGAUGAUGGGGAGCAAAUGUCAAGUCUGUCGACCAAGGGCCCAAUGGAAAAUGAGGAUUCCAGCAAUAGUGAUGGGGAUCAAACUACAGUGUGACUCAAUGGUCGAAGAUAUGACAAGUGUCAUAGAACUGGGGUAGGUUAUGGUAGUUUUGACCCCAAUUGUACAAUAUUUAGAUUCAGAUAAUGCAAUUUCAUGAAUAUAAUCUUUUUCCUCCUUCUCAAUUAUACUCCACCUUUUUCUCAACCUGCUUCAGUUAGCCUCCUAGUCCAGAUCAUUCAGUGAUAAUCUUGCUCCAAGUCCCUGAUUCUGUGGCUCAGGAGUUGAUUUCUUGGAAGCCUUCUCACCCUUUCAAGUGCUUCAAUGAUGGAGAGUGAAGUCUUCUCACCCUUUUUGCAGAGUUGCAAAAACUAUAGAAACUAUUUGUUAAGGUGUGUUUGUGAUAAUUUCAUAUGAUAACUAUUCAUGAUUUAUAUUCAAGAUGAUGUUGAAACAAUUCAAUACCAGUUUUGGAUAAAGGAGGUUUUUGUCAGGCUGGCAGCCAAUAUA